ACGGUCCGUACAGAAUAUAGUUCAAGGCCGGACGGACUCAACACGACAACAGAUAAGAGAAGCACUGACGCUGUGCAUGAUUAUUUCUUACAAAAAUCGGUGUAGUUCUUGGACAAGAGUUAAACGUAAUUUUUACAAGCCAUAAGAUGAGUGGGGACGCACCAAUUGAUACAGAACCGAUCACAUUGACGCGGUAUGUACUAGCUGAACAGAAGAAGCACCCACAGGCGACGGGUGAUUUCUCUCAGCUGAUCAACUUUCUGCAGACGGCCGUGAAAGCUGUGUCAUCGGCUGUGAGGAAAGCCGGUAUACACAAACUGUAUGGAAUCUCAGGAGCAACCAAUGUCACAGGAGAUGAAGUCAAAAAGCUGGAUGUACUGUCCAAUGACUUAUUUAUCAACAUGCUCAAAUCCUCCUUCCUCACCUGUCUACUGGUGUCCGAGGAGAACGACAAGGCCAUUAUCGUGGAAACAGAAAAGCAGGGAAAGUACAUUGUAGCCUUUGACCCCUUGGACGGGUCAUCCAACAUCGACUGUCUGGUGUCCAUAGGAUCCAUAUUCUCCAUCUACAAAAAGGCCGAUGAUUCUCCUGUGACAGAAGCUGAUGCUCUUCAACCUGGAAACCAGCUUGUUGCUGCGGGAUACGCUCUCUAUGGUAGCGCCACCAUGAUAGUUCUUUCCAUAGGAAAUGACUGUGUCAAUGGAUUUAUGUUGGAUCCUGCUAUCGGAGAGUUCAUCCUUACCAAUCCAAACAUUACAAUCAAGCCUAGAGGAAAGAUUUUCUCCAUUAAUGAAGGGUAUGCCAAGUUUUGGGACAAGCCUACAGCCGAGUAUGUCAAGAAGAAGAAGUAUCCAGAGACAGGUAAACCAUAUGGAGCUCGGUACAUAGGAUCUAUGGUAGCAGACGUUCACAGAACAUUGGUUUAUGGAGGGAUAUUUAUGUACCCAGCAACCUCUGAGGCUCCCAAGGGAAAGCUGCGACUGCUGUACGAGAGUAAUCCGAUGGCCUUCAUCAUAGAGCAAGCCGGAGGCAUGGCCAUCACUGGGACAGAGAGGAUCCUGGACAUUGUACCAACCUCAAUUCACGUGAGGUGUCCGGUGUUCAUGGGGUCUAAAGAGGAUGUCCAGGAAGUAGCCGACCUGUACAAAGAGUUCCCAUAGGUCAAAAAUGAUGUCAUCAUCCUGGUACACAUACACUUCACGUUGUAGUCUAUAGCCAGUUUAGACUGGAGGGCUGAGAUUAAGGGAAAGAAUCCUUUAUCAGAGGGAGGAAAAACAUAGCUGGUUUGGGGCAAAUUUCUCUGAAAGAAAAUAAUUUCAAAAUAUAUACAUAUAUUUAUUGUUUUCAGACCCUUCAAAUCUUGGGGUUAACAAGAAUUUUAUUGUUAAAGCUAGUUAGUAUAGUCCUGAACUUCCUGUGUAGUAGCUAUAUGCUUUUUGAGGGAUUUUAUAUUUUAUAAAGGGUACUAAUUUAUUAUUUACUAGAUGUGUUAUGUUAAGUUGUAGCCUAUAAAACAUGGACAGUCUGUAUAUGUAGCACUAUAUAAUAGUAAAAAGGAAGUAGAUAGCUUUAUAGACUGUCGGUCAAUUCCUUCGUUGUUCAGAGAUGACUUAACACUAUGAUAGGAAAAAAUCUUCUACUAUUCAUAUCCUAUAGGAGGCCUGCAAUAUAUGAUGUAUACAAGUCACUCGCACUCAACUUACGUAAUAUUUCAGUAACUAUGACAUUUCUUCAAAAUAUGAUAAUCAUAAGUAUCAUACUACAUAUGACAUAUAGCAUAUCACAGGCUCUCAGAAUUACACUUAUAUACAUUGUAUUUAGUCACUUACCAGGGACACCAAGUAUGGGGGACAUGCCUGGAGCAGGGCUGGAGUGAAGGAAUGAUUGCCCUGCACGCCUGAAGUGAGGGAAAGCGCUCAUGCUGCAUGCGCUAUGUUCAGGUAUCAACACACGCAUGUGUGUUACACCUGGGUACAGUUCUCUAGUUACAAUACAUCAAUUAAUUAAGAGUAUAAAUAUACUUCUCUAGCUACAGAUUGACACAUGCAGCUUCCUUUAGUAAAGUUUAGUGUGACAAAUCUACCAUGUAUUCCUAGCAUUUUUGUUUCUGUAGGGAAAUAUUUUUCUGCACUAAACAAUUGUUACCCACUGUUAGCCUAAAACCAAUUAACCACUACUAUACACUGCCAUGAUAAUCAAGUUCAGAAUUUUGUUCACAAAUCAGGUGCUUUUAAGAAAAGACGUUUUCCAGCUACUUAAUGACAUAAUAAACAGUUAAUUGUUUAAAUACUUUAUAUUAUACAUUGGUACAUCCAAGUGGUAAUUAUUUGUGUAAAUUAGUACAAGGCCUAGAUUACGAGUUCAGAUAUCAUGCUUUUUGUAAUGGACGACUCGCAUGUUAAAAUGAAUGUGAAAUCUUAUUUGAACAGAAAAGUCAGCUUGCUAUGUCUGUAACCUACAGUAUAUUUAAGGAUGUCUGUGAAAGGAAUAUUCUAGACUAAGUGCCAUAUGAUUAUGUUUUGUUGUUAUGUCUGAUUGAGGUACAAUGAGUAGUGACAUGUGAAAAACAAUCAUUUGUGAACAAUCGUGUGGCUUUAAACUGAAGCAUGUUUACUACUGUUAUAAUACAAUUUAUACUCAUUGUUGUGACCAUCGUACAUCAGAUAAAGACAGAGGAAUAUUCUAAAGGAGUAUUUAUAUAAACGGCUGAUAAUGACAGUAGGUCUAGUCUGUAAGGUAUAUCUAAACAUUAGGCGUAUCUUAGUCUCUGGUGUAACCUGUAGUAGAUGUUGAUUUUCUAUAGAGCACCUAGCUAUUUGAUAUGUCACUUGUUGGUUUCCGAUUCAGUAACUUAACUGAAGUUCUUAUUAUCACAAUAGUUUACAUACAGGUUAUGUGUCAAAUUAUUGAUGAGUGAAAAUGUAGACAUUCUCCUGGUUUGGUAUAAACAGAACAAUAAUGUUAAGAACCAUCAAUCAUGAUACUGUUUCUCCUAGCUCAGUAGUAACAGAAAAAUAAUGUUAAGAACCAUCAAUCAUGAUACUGUUGUUCCUGGCUCUGUAGUAACAGAAAAAUAAUGUUAAGAACCAUCAAUCAUGAUACUGUUUCUCCUAGCUCAGUAGUAACAGAAAAAUAAUGUUAGGAACCAUCAAUCAUGAUACUGUUUCUCCUAGCUCAGUAGUAACAGAAAAAUAAUGUUAAGAACCAUCAAUCAUGUUACUGUUUCUCCUGGCUCUGUAAGGCUCUGUAAUAACAGAAGAAUAAUGUUAAGUACAAUCAAUCAUAUUCCUGUUUUUCCUGGCUCAGUAGUAACAGAACAAUAAUGUUAAGUGCCAUCAAUCAUAUUCCUGUUUUUCCUGGUUCUGUAAGUAAAGGAACAAUAAUGUUAAGUACCAUCAAUCUUGUUCCUGUUUCUCCUGGCUCUGUAAGGCUCUGUAAUAACAGAACAAUAAUGUUAAGUACCAUCAAUCAUGUUCCUGUUUUUCCUGGUUCUGUCAGCUCAGUAGUAACAGAACAAUAAUGUUAAGAACCAUCAAUCAUGUUACUGUUUCUCCUGGCUCUGUAAGGCUCUGUUAUAACAGAAGAAUAAUGUUAAGUGCCAUCAAUCAUAUUCCUGUUUUUUCCUGGUUCUGUAUGUAAAGGAACAAUAAUGUGAAGUACCAUCAAUCAUGUUCCUGUUUUUCCUGGUUCUGUAUGUAAAGGAACAAUAACGUUAAGUACCAUCAAUCAUCCUGAAUAUUUCUUUUCAUCGGUUAAUAUAAAUGCGUUACGUUUUUUUCUUUAUCUCUAUGUGUACAUUCUUUUUUUAUGCUUAUUUAAGUUUGAAAUCCAAGUGUUCCAAAAUAAAUUGCAAUAACAAUACUACAACAUAGAUUAUUUAAAUGAGAAUUUGUUUAUUGUAAUACUGGUUCUAAACCCUGGAAUGAAUAUCAGAGAAUGAAAGUUGAUCGAUAGUAUAUUUUUUUAAAAAGAUGUAUUAAGAUGGAUUGUUUAUUACAGAUGUGUUUUUCCAUAAUUCCAAUGUUAAGAGAGAAUGUUUGUAACAAACAAGAGUGUGACUGUUAUAAUAUUGAGACUUUGAGGGAAUUUUUAUAAGCGCUUGUCAGAAGCAUACACUUUGACAAUAAUUAUUCAAGAUAAUAUUCUUUAUUUUCAAUAAAAUAUUCAAAAAUUG